AUGAAGUCUUUUUGUUUUAAUAUCUUUUUCUUUAUAGUCUGCUUUACAUUUAACGUACAUGCUUACCUGAGUGAGCGCAGCUCACCAUUUACUAUCCAAACCAUAGACAAACCAAAUGCCCCAAUCACCCUACGACAUGGCGAUACGCUGCAAAUUCAGUGGACUCUAGCACCUGGUGUACGCUUUCCAUUGUACGGAUACGCAUCUGCUAAAACCGCAAAAACUGAUGUUGGACUUUUGCCUAUCGAAUCAACGCGCACACAAGAUUACACACACAUCAUAGACACUGAGAUCUCGAUUCGAGACUACCUAUACACCUGGACUGUAACUCAAGAUGUGCCAAAAGGAAAGUACCGUCUAGGCGUUGGCUUCUUUUACCACGAAACCACACAAAAUGAGAUUCACAUCAUCUAG